UGGCUGGGUCAAACCCAAGCGAGCCGCUGAUUGGCCGGUGCCGCCGGAGGGUUACAAUUCAAACGCGGGCGGGCGGGCCGCCGGCCCUGCAGUUGCAGUAGUGCUCUCGGAGUUCCUGUCUCCCUCCCAGCGCCGCCCGGGAUGGCCUCCCAGAACCGCGACCCAGCUGCCGCCAGCGUCGCCGCCGCCCGCAAAGGAGCCGAGCCCAGCGGGGGCGCCGCCCGGGGCCCCGUGGGCAAGAGGCUACAGCAGGAGCUGAUGACCCUCAUGACGUCUGGUGACAAAGGCAUCUCUGCCUUCCCUGAAUCCGACAACCUUUUCAAAUGGGUGGGGACCAUCCAUGGGGCAGCAGGCACAGUGUAUGAAGACCUGAGGUAUAAGCUCUCCCUGGAGUUCCCCAGUGGCUACCCUUACAACGCACCCACGGUGAAGUUCCUCACACCCUGCUACCACCCCAACGUGGACACCCAGGGGAACAUCUGCCUGGACAUCCUGAAGGACAAGUGGUCUGCCCUGUAUGAUGUCAGGACCAUCCUGCUGUCCAUCCAGAGCCUGCUAGGAGAACCAAACAUUGAUAGUCCUUUGAACACGCAUGCUGCCGAGCUCUGGAAAAACCCCACAGACGGUGUUACAGAAUGCCUUUCUAUCGAGUUGUGACAUGUACCAGGAAUGGUGGUGGAUACUGGAGCUCUCCCGGCGGAAUACAGAUGAGGCUGAACCAGACCUUGAAGCAAAACAGCUGUAGCUGUAGGAAGAGUAUAUAUGCACACCUGGGCGCACAGCAGGGGCUUGGGAGGUGAGGACCAGCCACCUACUCUCUGAGGGGGUGUUCUGGUCCUGAGACGGAGAAAGAAGGCACUCAGGUCACCCUACAGCAGGCCCAGGGUCUGGGAGACAGCCAGGGAACACCUCUUUCCUGCCAGAGAGAGACCCCGGGACAGCUCGACUCAGCCCUUACCCCAGGCCCCCCGAGGAAUGGCUCCACACUCCCAGGGAGUACAUUCACCUGCUCAUCUCCACCAGUGGGUCCUCCAGCUGCUGCACCCACUGGCCCAGGCCCCCAGCCCUGAGGCCCUCCUGACACUGGCCUGCCACAGGCACCAGCAGGGGCAGGCAGGGGAGAAGAGCAGGCUAGGGGGGCACCUGGGUGGCUCAGUUGGUUAAGCAACUGCCUUCGGCUCGGGUCAUGAUCCUGGAGUCCCGGGAUCAAGCCCCGCAUCAGGCUCCCUGCUCAGCAGGGAGUCUGCUUCUGCCUCUGACCCUCCCUCCCCUCAUGUUCUCUCUCAUUCUCUCUCUCUCAGAUAAAUAAAUUUUUUAAAAAAUCUUUAAAAAAAUAAAAAGAAGAGCAGGCCCUGAUCCAGUCCCGCAAGAUCUCCAGGGUGGACAGACACAACAGCCAGGUGCCCUCCAACAUGGCCUGGGGGGAGGGGGAGGAAGACAGUAGUGGAGGGCAUCAGGAACGUUCUCACCUUCCUUUUGCUCCUGCCAGCCCAGGCUCCUUUCCUGCCCUGUGCCCCCACUGAGCAGGGGCAGUGGCAGGCAGGGAAGAAGUGGCCUGGCGGGUCUGGGAUGGGAUUUGGAUGACCUCCCCGAGUCCUUCUCCUGAGGUGCUGUUAGCUCUCCCCUGGGGGUUUGGAGCAGUGCUGCUCAAUCCAAGGUGCAGAUAAAUCGGCCAGGGGUCUACCCCAAAUGCAAACUUGCAUUCAGUCAGUCUGGGUGGGGCCUGAGGUCCUACCUCUCUCUAGAAAUUAAAGGUGUAGAGCGGUGUUCUCAAGGUGUGGCCCUUUCACCUGGAACGUGGUAGAAAUGCAGAGUCUUGGUCCCAACAAGCUCUCCAGGAUUCUGAUGCCCUCUCAACGUUGAAAACCCCUGGCUAGAGGAUGUCCAGGAAGAGGGAGCUCAGAACCUGGCACUAGUGGUUCUUACUGGAUGCUGGCCAAGGUAGGCGGACCUUUUUGCCUGCCUUAAGAUGCCUCUCCACGUGGUCUUUGAUCAAAGUGUUUGACACACACACUCACACACACACACACCCCGAGGAUGGCCACAUGGCCUGCCUUGUGUCAGACCCAGGGACUGACUGUAGUUCAGAACCAAGCAGAGUGUUCCUCGGAAUUAAAUUCCUGGCAGAAAGUAGAAUUCUUUUACUAAUAGGGUUGCUAAAAGGGGAGGGAGUCUGGGCAGCGGUGCAGACAGCUGCAGAUGGAAGAAAGUCAAGCAGAGACGAGUAGCUAGGAAAUGGAGGUGACAUUGAGACUCUGGCCUCCAGCUGGGACGCCUUAAUAUCCCAGUUUCAUGAGCCAGUAAGUCCCUUUUUAGUUUAAGUCUUGUUUGCUUUAGGUUCCAGUACUUGCAACAAAAAGAAGCCUAGUUCAGUAAGUUUUAGAAGGUAUCAUUGUUCCCAUUCACCCCAUAAAAUUACUGAGUGCCUACAAAGUAAAAGCCCUAUGCUUGGGGCUGGGGAUCAAGCAGGGGAAAGAACACGGUCCUGUCCUCAGAGGCUGAAGUUCAGGGGGCAGACAAGCAUGUCAGUGGGGUAGAGUAAGUGCCAUACAGAGGGGUGGUGAAGAGCUCAAACCCAGCAGUCCCCACACCACCCCCGUGCUACUUGCCUACACUUAGACUUAACCUCUCUGUAAAAUGGAAAUAUUAGUAGCUACUUCAUAGGCUAGAUGGGCCUUGGAAUAGUGCCUGGUGUACCGGGUAAUAAAUGUCACCUGCUAGUCUCACGUGUUACAAGAGCUCAGAGGUGGGGUGCCUAACGACGACCAAGAGGGUCAAGGAGGACUUUCUGGAGAAGGAGAUGGAGUAUGGAACACUGGCAAAGUAGCCUGGAAGUCAGGUCACAUAGGUCGUGUAAGGCCUUUCAAUUAAAGGCCUUUAAAAUGCAGGGUUUUACCUUGAGGCAGCUAAUGCAGCCUGGAGUAGGGCAGGGAUGUGAUCAGCUUUGGUUUCAGAAAGCUGCUUCUGGCUGCCGCCGGGGGAGUAAAUGGCAGGGACGUUAACUACCUUCCCAGCAACGUGGUGAGCAAUGGCGGGCGGCCUGAGCCACAACACCGAGUGGGCUCAGAGAGGAGGGAUAAGGGUAAGGGGACAGAAGGAAAGUAGCAGGGCAGAGUAAAUUACAAGCGGCAAGGGGGCUCCAGAACCCCUAGCUUAGGCCCAUCCCUCAGGGUACCAUCUCUGAGAUAAGGGAGCACUGGAGAAGAUGGUGAGGGAUUUAUCAGCUUCGGGCAGGACCAGUCUCAAGCACUCAGCACACAGGUAGAACAGUCAACAGGUACAUGGGGCCACGGUUAAGAGCCUUGCUCUUGUUUCCACCAAAUGUCCGCACCCCUGGCUACAUCACCUCACUCUGCCUUGGUUUCCUCCACUGUAAAAUGGGGAGAACACUAUCCGACUGCCUCGAAGGUUGUUUGUACGAAUGAGCCCAGCCUGCAAGGCACAGGGCCCAGCACACGGGAAGCAGUCCUAGUGACGAGGACUGAUCCCGGCUGGAGAUAAAAACUGGGGAACAUGAAUGGCUCAGCGAGGAGAGCCGAGAACACAAAGGACUUGGAGAGGGAGGACUGUGGCAAAGAAUAACAGUACAGGCCAAUGUUUCAAGGUGAUAGUAGUGAUAUUAAUAAUAGCCUUUAUUAAGUGCUUAGUAUGUGCCACACUCUGUUCUAAGCGCUCUGCAUGGCACACACUAACUCGUUCUCACAACCCUGCAAGGUAGGUACUGUCAUUAUCCCCAUUUUACAGAACAGGAAACCGAAGCACAGAAUGGUUUGUCACCAGCAAUGACGAUUCAAACUCUAAAAGCGAAAUCACCACUGCACUGCGUUAGCUUGGCCCUGAUGCCUGCUCUAACUGAUGAUGGUGUGUGCAAAGAGCUCUGGAAGCCAGUGGGAGCAGGGAUCAAGGGACAAGAGGGUAUCUGAGCUGGGUUGAGAAUUUCGCCAGGCUUAUUAGAGGAGGAAGGGCAUUCCAAGGAGGGAGAACAGCAUAAGCAAAAGCCCAAAGGCUUGAAAGCGCACCCCCACUGUCCAGAGCAGGAGCGAUAAAUUGCCCAGUGUGGCUGGAACCCGAGACGGGAAGGAGGGGAAAGGAAUUUGGACUUGAUUCUAGAAGCAAAGGGAGCCUUGAAGGUCUUUCAACAGGGGAGUAGCCAGAUCAGAUUUCUUUUAGCUAGAUCAUGCUAAUGGGCCCUGUGUUGAGGGCAUUGGCCUGAGCUGGAGGCAGGGAUCCAGGGUGGAGAUGAUGACGUCAGAACUUCCUUCCUGCCUUUUUUCCGCACCCCCCCCCCCCCCGUCCCAUCUCCUGUAUGGAGCACCUAGAAACGCCCAGAACAGACGAAGUAGAAAAAGUCAAGCAGGAAUGAAUGCUGCCCAGAACGGAUGAGAACGAUGCUCACUUUCCCAUCCCCAGCCCGGUAGCCUGCACCCAAGACCCAAAGGCUCCAGGGCCGCCUGGGUGGCUCAGUUGGUUAGGCGACUGCCUUCAACUGGGGUCAUGAUCCUGGAGUCCCGGGAUCGAGUCCCGCAUCGGGCUCCCUGCUCAGCGGGGAGCCUACUUCUCCCUCUGACCCUACCCCCUCUCAUGUACUCUCUCUCUCUCAAAUAAAUAAAUAAAUCUUUAAAAAAAAAAAAAAAAAAAAA